CGCCAUUAGUUGGAGUGGCGGUGACACCCCGCCAUGUUUGCCGUCUCUUCCCCUUCUCUAGCACUCUUUGCCUGAGGACUCCUCCAGUUGCUUGCUCUCGCUCUUUUGUGUCAGUGCCCGUCUCUUCUGUGGGGAAGUGAGACGCGCUUCCUGAGGGAGGGACAGUCAGUGAGUGGCCUGACAGAGACUGUCUCUGCUACCGACAAGGGAGGAACAGAGUCAGAGAGUGCGGGGGAGAGGAAGAACCGCGAAGACUACGGGGCGUGCUGUAACCUCCUCCUGUCGGGUGAUAGGGGCUUCUCUGUGCAGCCAGGGCAGAGGUAACUGGCAUGGAGGAGGACCACUCUGCAGAUGAGUGCCUGCCAGCAGGGUGGGAGGUCCGUCUCCAGGCACAGGAAGAAGAAGUCCUGUUGUUAAAGUCAGCCUUAUGUGAUGUCCUGCAAAGGAUCCGCAACCUGGAGACUCAGUUGCCUUCUGGACACCUUUGUGACUACUCCUCCUCCAUUGUGCCACCUGUCAGUAAUGUCAUUUCACCGCUCAAAGCUAUAAGUGAACCCCUGGAUAGAACUCAGGAUUAUAGAUCAGCACUGUGUACUGUGGGAACACAAACAGAAUGGGCUUUGGUUUAUAAGGAACCAAAGGACAGUCUAGAUCCCAUGGAUGGGACAGCACCUUGUGAGAAUGAUUCAUUCAAUAAGGAAUAUUCUGAUGGAAUUACUGACUCUGAAGAGGUAGAAAAGGUAUUCCAGAGCCCGACACCCGAAGAUAGCGGAGCUAAUAUACAUGCUGUGACGCCACUGAAGCUGAACAAGAAGGAGCUGUUACGCAGGAAUAGUUCUUCUGAUAAACUGGUCAGAGAUGCAAAAGAGAAGAGUAAGAGACUGGAGAGGAAAGUUCUCUCUUCUUCCAAUCUUUUAAGUGGUUCCUCAGCAUCUAAACGGGGAAAUUAUAACAUAGAUGGUAUGAGUGUUAAGGUUUUUCUCCGUGGUCGACCAAUUACAAUGUAUAUACCUUCCUGUAUAAAAAACCAUGAUGACCAGAAGCCAGAACUUCCCAGUGAAAAGCUGCAGUUAGAGUGGGUUUAUGGCUGUCGUGGCCGUGAUUCCAGAUGUAAUCUACGAAUGUUGCAGUCUGGGGAAGUUAUCUACUUCACUGCUUGUGUCAUAGUCAUCUGUGAUGUAAACCGUGGAACUCAGCGCCACUUUUUACGGCACACCGACUGUGUUCGAUGUCUAGCUGUCCACCCUGAUGGAGUGAGAGUGGCCUCUGGACAAACAGCCGGAGUGGACAAGGAUGGUAAGCCCAUGGUAUUCAUAUGGGAUUCAUCAUCACUUCAAAUAUUACAUCAGAUUGGAUUGGGCUUCUUUGAAAGAGGUGUUGGCUGUCUUACCUUCUCCACUCAGGACUUUGGCCUAUUCCUUUGUGUUGUAGACGACUGCAGUGACCAUGUGUUAUCUGUAUGGGACACAGUGAAAGGAAACAAGAUUUCAGAAACAAAGUGCACAAAUGAACCGGUGCUGUGUGUUGCUUUCAACCCUGUGGACAGCUCUUACAUUGUCACUGUGGGCAAGUCACAUAUUCACUUUUGGAGCUGGAGUGCUGCUUCCCUGACUAAGAAACAAGGCAUUUUUGGUAAAUAUAAAAAGCCUCGCUAUGUACAGUGUGUGCUGUUUGACCAAACUGGGGACGUCCUCACAGGAGACUCAGAGGGACAGAUAUUAACCUGGGCCAGAAGUGCAGCAGACACACGGACAUUAGGCAAAGGUGCAAAGGAUACUUACCAGAUAUCACGUCUUACACGUGCACAUGAUGGUAGUGUAUCAUCACUGACGGCUCUCCAAGGAGGUUGUGUGCUCAGUUCUGGAGGAAAAGACAGGCGCUUGGUAUUAUGGAGUGAGACACUGAGCCAGCUUAAGGAGUUUGAGAUUCCUGAGCAGUAUGGAGCUGUACGAUCCGUAGCAGAGGGCAUAGAGGGAGAACUGCUGGUUGGAACAGCGAAGAAUGCCCUUCUAAAGGGAUCUUUGGAACAUGGAUUCACACCAGUUAUACAGGGGCACACAGAUGAAUUGUGGGGAUUAGCUACACAUCCAUUUCAGAAUAUUUUUCUGACCUGUGGACAUGACAAACAGUUGUGUAUUUGGAAUGGUAAUGAUCAUACUCUGAAUUGGGCACAUUUUCUGGAGGAUCCUGGUUUAUGUGCAGAUUUCCAUCCCAAUGGAAGAGAAGUUUGUGUGGGUCUGAGCACAGGAAAGUGGCUAGUCCUGGACCUGCAGAACCGCAAAAUUCUGUCUGUGCACUCUGAUGGGAAUGAGCAACUCUCUGUCGUCAGAUACUCUCCAGAUGGGAAUUUCCUGGCUGUUGGAUCCCAUGAUAAUGUCAUCUACAUGUACAGCACAGGCCAGAAAGAUCAUAAAGAUUAUUCACGUGACAACUCUAUAGAAGAUAAAUAUAGCCCCCAAGAAGAAGGGGAAAACCCCGAAGUAGAGGGAGAUAACUGUGUGUCUCAGAGAACACGGCAAUACACACGAUAUGGAAAGUGUGUGGGACACUCUAGCUUUAUCACACAUUUGGAUUGGUCGAAAGAUGGAAAUUAUAUCAUGUCAAACUCUGGAGACUAUGAGAUACUAUAUUGGGAUAUCACAGGAGGCUGCAAACUUCUCAGAAACAGAUAUAAAAACAAAGAUCGUGAGUGGGCAACAUACACAUGUGUACUAGGAUACCAUGUUUUUGGAGUUUGGCCAGAAGGAUCUGAUGGGACAGACAUUAAUGCUCUUGCCCGCUCCCAUGAGAUGACCAUGAUCGCAGUUGCAGAUGAUUUCUGUAAGGUUCAUCUCUUUCGAUAUCCUUGCAAUAAGCCCAAGGCACCAAGCCAUGUCUAUUGUGGUCACGGAAGUCAUGUGACCAAUGUUCGCUUCACUCACAGUGAUAGUUACCUCAUCUCAUUGGGCGGGAAGGAUGCAAGCAUAUUUCAGUGGCGGGUUGUGAAGGCCAGCAACAUUCCUCGCAAUCAUUCACUGUCCUCCACCUCUUCUAUAGAAACCGCUCACUGAGUGAUAGUUCAUAUUACACAAAGCAUCAUCUGCAAGAGUUACACGCUGAAUAAAGCCGCAUACCAUGA